GGUUUUCAGGAGACAGAAACCUGGAGCGAGAAACAGGAACCUGAAGAGAGAAAAACAGAGCUGAGGGAAAUUUAAAGAAAGUUUAAAGAAGAACUUUUGAUUUAUUUCAGAUACAGGGGCAAAAGUUUGGGAAGGUUUCUAACUUUCUUUUCAAACACUGAAAUCUUAAAGAAAAGAAGGAAAAAUGAAGCCAAUCAGCAUCGCGUGCGGCGUCGCCGUCAUCAUCGCGUGCGUGUGCGUGUUCCAGAGUGCAGGUGUCCCUCUGACUGAGUCUCAGGUGCACCUCGAGGAACCGAUGGAGGAAACUGAGGCAGUGCAAAGUCUUGAUCAGGGCGAGGUAUCAUCGUUGGCGAGAGAGAUGAGUCCCGAGGUGUUGUUCAGGACGAAGCGUCAGAGUCACCUCUCUCUGUGCAGAUACUGCUGCAACUGCUGUAAGAAUAAAGGCUGUGGGUUCUGCUGCAGGUUCUAAUAACAGGAACCAAAUACAAGUUCCGCUCAUGAGCCUGGGGGGGGGCAUUAACUUAUUUAUCCUGCUGGACUGAUUUUAUUUCUCUGUAAUGUCGAACUUCUCCUGCUCAGAUGUCUUCACCCGCUGAAUGGCUCCAACGCUAUUGGUUGAAAAGAGGACACUUUGUUUUCUCCACACCGAGACUGAAAAGGAUUGACGUUAUGAUCUAUGAUGUAUGAGAUCAUUGUUCUGGGAAUUUCACCCAGAAGUUACGCUUUUUAGCUUUACUCUUCUGCAUAGUGAAGGAACUAUUUAACAUAUUUAAUAAAACGUCUGAUCAAAUAUUCACAAACUUGCAAGAAAAAUUGACAAAUUAGCUAACUGAUUAGUGAGUUCGGCUUGCUAGGUAGCAUCAGCAAGCUACUCCUGGAGAACUAUCAUUUAUAUCUGAGCUAGCAUAAUCACAAUUCUUUGUAUAGGUAGGUCACUGGCUCAUCCAGUGUUAAUAAAUGUUUCUGAAGUGCGAUUGAAUCCAGAAUGACAGUAUAUGCUAAGCAUAGUGGCAAACCUAGUAACUGAUAAAAAUGAGGUAAUAGUGGCAUUACAUGAUGAAGUCUAAGAUCUUCAUUAAAACUUGGUUCUUGUGGACCAAAGGGAUGUUUGCCAGGUUGUGUUCCUUUUUUAGCAAUGAAACUUGGUGGAGAAAAUGUAAAGGAACAAAUGCAAACUUCAUCUCAAGCUCUACAUUUGUGGGCGUUUAUGUACAGUAUAUCCCUGAUGUAAAUAUAUGUCAAGUUGAUCAUUAUUAAUACACUUUUUUUUGUAAUACAUUUGUAAUAAACAAGUUUCAUAUGA